AUGCAUAUCAGUCAAUUAAUAGUUUUAAUCCCACACAUCACCACCACAAUGAAACGAUCUGGCCCAGUUUCGGACUUUUUCGCACCGCGCAAAAAGCAGACGACAGUGGCUUCGUACCUCGAUCUUGCUCCAGGCCUACACUGGAAACUGGUCACAAACGGAUGCCUACGAGGCAUCUAUGUUCCCCAUGACUGCGGAGAACUACACUCCAUGGCCAAGCGUCUCAAACAGGACGGAUCAGAGCCCCUCUCUGUACCUGUGGCAGCCUUUGAUCUUGACUCCACCAUCACGCUCACAAAAAGCGGAAUGCCUUGGCCCAGAAACGGAUCCGACUGGAAGUGGUUCAGCGACCGUGUGGUAGAGUCUCUACAAGCAAUGCACAAGACCGAGGACCGCAAGGGCUCGUUUCCGGUUCCCCACAAGCCAUACAUUGUCGUGAUCAUUACAAACCAGGGCUCAUUGGUUCCUAAAGAGGGCAAUAAGCGAUAUGCGCAUUUUGUGGAACGGAUCGACUCAGUAACAGACUUUAUCGAUAUUCCUGUUCUUGUGUAUGCUGCUAGUAAGCUGGAACAGAAGAGAGGAGCCCCCAAGGUGGCUACGAAGUCAGAACAGGAUAAGGAUCCCAAUGCGUUCCGAAAGCCAGGCAACGGACUGUGGAGGCGGAUGACCGCUGACCUGGAGAAGAUGCACAUGAAGGUGAAUACGAAGGACUCGUUUUACGUGGGUGAUGCAGCAGGGCGGCCUGGCGACUUCGCUGCUUCUGACAAGGCGUUUGCUGAAAACGUGGGAAUUCAGUUCUUCACUCCCGAGGAGUUCUUUCAUUGUGAGGUCGCUUACAAGGGGGAGAGAAGCGACGAUGAUGAUGUGGAGAAUGGAAAGCAUUAUGAGCAUACUGAAGAGACUAAGGGGGAGGAGAAUGGGAGGGAGGAAGAGAAGAAGGAGAACGGCGACAAUGAGAACGGAGGGAAUGGAGAGAAUGGAAAAGCCAAUAGAAAGAGGUGA